ACACAGCUUUUAAUGACGUUACAUUUUUGUGCUACUGGGAAUUACCUUAUAACUAUAGGUGACUUCAUCGGAAUUACUAAAAGUUGUGCUUACAGAAUAAUACACAGUCUUCUUCAUAGUAUUGCUUCUUUGCGUCAGGAAUUCAUUCAUUUUCCAUCGACUCCAGAUGAGAUACUUCAAAAUCAAGUUGAGUUUUAUCAAACUGCUAGAUUUAUAAGAGUUUUUGGCUGUAUUGAUUGUAAACAUGUGAAAAUUGAAUCAUUUGGUGGUGGUGAUGCAGAAAUUUACAGAAAUAGAAAAGGAAGUUUCUCCAUUAGUGUUCAAGUAAUAUGUAACGCACGACUAGAAAUCAUUGAUAUUGUUGCAAGGUGGCCAGGUUCAACUCAUGAUUCUACUAUUUUUAACAACUCAAGAAUCCAUCUUUUUGAAAAUAAUAGUUUUGGAAGUGCAUUACUUCUAGGGGAUUCUGGUUAUCCUAAUCUCUCUUUUCUAUUGACACCACUCCAAGAUCCGCAAAGUCCAGCUGAACAACUUUAUAACGAAUCUCAAAUUCGAACAAGAAAUUUGAUUGAACGUACAUUUGGGGUUUGGUCAAGACAGUUUGCCCUGCUUCAAGGGACUAGAUUUCGGAAAGUCGAGAAAACUUUAACUAGUAUUAUUGCCACUGCUGUUUUAUACAAUAUUGCACGAAGAGAGAAACCGCCACCAGACACUGUCAUUACUGUUGAAGAAUACCGUAGAAUUCCAGAAGUUGAAAAUCCUGUGAUUGGAGACGCUAAUCUUAGAGCAUUAUUAGUAAAUCAAUACUAUGAAAAUUUGAUUGUAAGAAAUUAACAACAACAAAAAAUAUGAUAUAUGAUAAAUAAACAGAUGAGAGUAAAUAUUAUUAAAGAAACCGCAACCGAUAAUAUAUAUUCCACUAA